CCCGCCGCUCCUCCCAGAGUGAAGUUAAAGCGCGAGUCGAGCUCAGUUCACCGGAGUUUCACCACAGACACUUGGACGGGACCGUGCGCCUUUACCCGGGCGAGCUUUCCAAACGGACUCUCUAUCAAACCCAUGACAUAUCAACUCCACUCGCGUACAUGAGACGUAUUUUAUGUCGUUUGAAAAGAAACGCGAGGUAUUGGAUAAAUAAACGCCGGACUGACGGAACGCGCUUUACCUCCAAUGCGCCGCUGAUGCGCUCGAGCUGAUCCAGCACAGAGAGAAGGAGACCGAGGAGAGGAGAGCCAGCGUCCCGCCUUACACACACACACACCCUGGCUUGAAGGGGUGAAUGUCAAGGCAGCAACAUGAAGCUCUUCCUCCCUCUACUGCUGCCCCUCCUCUUCUAUCAACUCUUGUCAUCCCUGGUAUUGGCCAACACUUGUCCGAAGGACUGUAACUGCCCAGCCCAAGACUCCAUAUUCUGCUUUAGCCGCAAAGAUACUAAAAUGCCCAGCAAAGUUCCUACGAUGGCUAAGAAUCUCUAUGUGUUCAAGAACGGCAUUGAGUCCCUUUCCCAAGAUGAUUUUGUUGAUUUGGAUAGCCUGGAGAUGUUGGAUCUAAGUCAGAACAAGUUGACCGAACUGCCAGAUCGCGUGUUUGAACCCCUAUCUUCUCUACACAACCUGGACCUGUCGGCUAACCAGAUUGCUCACAUAUCCAAGGAAAGCUUUGCUGGACUGGAACUUCUGGAGAGGCUAUAUCUCUACAGCAACCUCAUAGAGAGCAUACAUCCUGCUGCUUUUGAUGGACUACAACAGCUACUGGAGCUCAAGCUGCAAGGAAACAAACUGACAAUAAUGCCUGCUCUGAAACUGCCCCAUCUGCUUCUGCUAGACUUACGGUUUAACAGCAUCCCCUCACCAGGGCCCAACGACCUCCAGACGCCCAAGUUGGAGUCACUGAAACUGGGUGGGCUGGGGCUUAGCAGUCUGAACGAGGAGCUCUUAGGAAGCUUCAAGAACCUCCAUGAGCUUGACAUCUCCAACAAUCAGUUAACAACUUUUCCAGGAGUGUUGCGGGAAGCAAGAGGCUUGGUUGUUCUCAGUUUGGCUGGAAAUCCCAUUGGACCUGUGAAGUGGGAAGACUUUGAGAAACUGUCAGAGCUUGUGGAGCUGGAUAUCAGCAAUCUAAGCUUGCAAGGGUUGCCUGAGACCUUAUCCCAGCUCUUUCCACACCUAGAAAGACUGUCUGUUGCGGAAAACCCUUUCAACUGCCUUUGCAAUCUGGCUUGGUUUCCUAGUUGGCUGCAAAACAAGAAAAUUCAGUUGGGUAGGACGGAAGAGACACGCUGCCACUUUCCUCCUUUUAAUUCCGGGAAGGUGCUGGAGAGACUAGGGCACAGAGAAUUCGGAUGUCCGAUUACCACAACUGUUACGACUCGGACAGUAAAGAGCACUGUAGUACCGCCAGCUCCGGUUACCAGUUUACCAAGUACAACUCAUGCAGCUCCUGCCAAACCUAGUGAUAACCCCUCUACAAAAACCAAUGAUGACCCUCUGCCUCCCACACCUAGUACUAGUAUUGACCCAGAUCUAAGAUCAAUCUUCUGCCCAACCAAUAUCUGCCUAAAUGGAGGAACAUGUUGGCUUGACAACGAAGCACACUUUGAGUGUAUUUGUCAACCGGGAACAUCAGGGACAUACUGCCAAGAGGUGGAAAACCUACCGCCGAAUGACUUCCCUACAAUAAUCGACACAAUGGAACCUGAAAUAACAGCAACAUUUGUAACUAGCUCCUCUAUACUUUUGGACCUUCACCGCUACAUUGAUAGGAGGCCACACAUCCGUGGCGUAAAGUUAACCUACAAAAACCUUUCUGGACUGGAUAAACGUCCCAUUCAGAUCACCGUUCCACCUACCUACCCGGAGUACACGCUGCGUGGACUUCAGCCAAACUCUACAUAUUCUGUAUGUGCCAGUCCAAUGGGUGAACCUGGGAGUGUGGAUCGUGUAUGCACAGAGGCCCAGACGGUCAGUCAGCAGCCAACUCCCACUGGAGCACGACGGGAGACCCAAAGCUCACUACGAAUGCUCAUCCCUGCAGUCGCCAUCCUUCUUCUGCUAGUCCUAAUCGCUGUGGCUGUUGGGGUAGCUUGCUACAUGCACAAAAAGAAAUCAAAGGGACACCCGGACUUAGAAUGUGAUCCGUCACAGCUGGAGCUGGAGGGUAUGGACAAUGGAGCACUACCCCAAAAGCUAGAGAUUAUCUCCUGUCCGUCGACAGCGCAGAAUGGCGGCUUGGACUAUGAGGUGCCCUUAAUGCAAGAUCACUGUACUGCAAACAACAACAUGAACAGUUUAAAACCCUUGUAUUUCUGAUUAUUGCAAAAGGUUUGGGACUUACCUACAUGCUAAAGCGCAAAUGAAACUGCUUUACAGGGUACCACCAAGGACACUAAGACCAAUCACCGGCUUUUUUGGUGUCACUUAGUUUACUCCUGAAGGACAUUUCUGUCAAAAUGACAUCCUCCUAAGUGCCUUUUAUCAACUGAAAAAUGGAAAGAAUCUACAUGCCAAUCUUUCAACCAAAGAUCUUUUAAAAUUUUAAUAUGGCUGCCAAUCGUAAAAAAGGACAUAAGGCUGACUGAAGAAAUGUCGGUGAAAUAUUGAUGUGUAGCACCUGUGUGCAACUCUUAGGAGCUGCACUAACUGUGAACCCGUAAGCCCUACAUUCGAGUGGGCAAUUGAAGAUAUUGAAUAUAUAUAGACAUCUUCAGUAACAAGGCUGACUCGUAUGAUGCUUUGUCUAACUGAUAGACAUUGUCUCUUUGUUUUAUAUCUGUACCUUUUUUUUGUAAAUGUUUUUGUACAAAUAUGUGACUGUUACCAGGCGGCUGCUCUUCCCCCAUGUCUUGUGACUUAACAAGCAGACAAAACACCAGAUUAAAAACUUUGAAGAUUAAAAUUUACUUGUUACCACCAAGUGAAUCAAAGGCUUUAGUUUAGAAAUAUGUCAGACAGUCUAAGCAGUUAAAAGUCUAUCCAGACCUUGAAACUAAAUCCCUCCUCUAUAUUUUAGCCCCUAUCCCCCAUUCCCAACUAGAAAUAGAGACAAAACUAAAGUUAAAUGGAAAUGGCUGAUUGAAAAGCAGAUUAAUAUACAUUAUGUUCUGUUGUAAACUAAAUUAGUCUUGCCAUACAUUAUUGGAAGCUACAAAUUGGUGGUAUCUUUUUAAAAUAUUUAUUUAUAUUCCAAAAAGGGGUUGUUUCCUAGAUCACUGUUCAACUGUUCAAGACUUAAUUCUGUAUCAGUAUGCAAAAUUAGCCUUUGCACUAUUUACAUUACUCUGCAGAGAGUUUUCUCUUGCAGUCAUUGCCAUCUUACCUUAAGACAGAUUUAUAUGUUCAAAAACACUAAAAUGUAUGUUUGGCUAGCUCGAAGCAUUAGCUAAACCAGUCUAAAAACACACACUCCAACUGCCAACUCUCUAGAGCUUACCGUUGAUGUGCAAGACACAAUGAAAGAGCAUAAAACAACCUAAAAAUGACUGAGAAUCAUGCCGUCAGUGAUCACUCUGAAAUUUAAGCCACAGAUGCUGUGGAUUCUUAAAGGUUAAAGUUUACCGCAAAAUGCCAAACUGAGACAGUGAGGAGAUGUGCUGAUUUACCUCUGUGAGGAAAUGUGUUACUAUUUUAGCACUUGUUCUACAACCUGUCAAAUGAUGUUUCCAAAAAAAAUUAAAUAAAAUAAAAAUGUAAAAAUGAAAUUGUGCAACCUUCUGCUUAAAAGAAGAAGGGUUUGUAAUUGAAAACAUUUUUUUUUUAUUGUUGUUGUUAGGAAUAUCCAAACUGGAAAAAAUCUCUGCAGUAUGAAGUAUUGAAAUAUUUGUGAAUAUUUUUGAUAAGAUCUGCCUCUAAUUUUCCCUGUUUAAUUUGGGAAGCUCUUUUUUAUACUUUUCUUUUGUCUAUAUGGAGAUGUGUGUAUAUGUAUGAUGGUAUUUUCAAAAAGCUGCAAACGAAAAAUAAAAAAAAUAAAAAAAUGAAAAUAA